AUGUCUCAACUUGGGCUCCAAGAACUUUGCUCUUCGGAGAACGCAGAUCUUGACAUCGUGUUUGUUCAUGGGCUCUUUGGAAACAGAGUAAACACCUGGACCACGAAUGGCGUUUUAUGGCCCAAGCAGCUCCUCGGCGAAGACCUUCCCAAGGCCCGCAUCUUCACCUUUGGCUACGACGCCGACGUGACCAAGUUCAACCUUGACCAAGAAGUUACCAAGGGGACCAUGGAAUCUCAUGCGGCCGAUCUAUGCGAGAGGCUCGCUGGGAUAAGAGUCAAGACUGAAUCGAUGGUUGUCAAGGGUGCUCUCGGAGAUGGAACCGACAACGCAUCCCUCAUCGCCAGCCACACUCGCGGCAUGGUCUUCUUGGGAACCCCCUUUCAUGGUUCUCCGGCGGCCCCUUGGGGCAAAGCGAUCAGCACGAUGGUAUCCAUCAUUCACGACGCUGACUCACAAAAGGUAAAAGACCUUAAGCAAAAGUCGGAGAAGCUGCAGAUCCUGGCCGACUCCUUCGCCUCCGCGCUGCACCAGCGUAUCAGAGAUAACAAUGAGAUUCGUGUAGCCUUCUUCAACGAGACGAAGAAGCUGCAUGGCGUAUUAGUUGUGCCUGAGCGGAACUCUUGGAUACCUGGGUUCGGAGACCACGCGUCUAUCAACGCAGAUCACUCCACAAUGUGUAAAUUCGCCGACCAGGAUAGCCCUGGUUACCAGAGUGUUCUUGCUGCGAUUCUCAAGGUCUCGGCCAAGGACGAUGGUGGACCUGAAGAAGCUUCUCGUGGAAGGAGUAUCGUCAACAACAACUGGGGCGAGGUCAAGAACCAAGUACUUGGAGAUCAAACCAUCCAAGGAGAUAUGAACUUUAACUGA